UCUCAGGAGCGGUCGUACGUAGCGGGAGUGAGCCAAACAGUGCACCUGGAGAUCGGCACCGUGGAGACUCGCGCCGGCCAACACGGCCCGGGAGGCAGCCUUGGCCUACUCGGAGAUUCGCGUGUCGCCAACAACAUUCGCGGUUUCUUCGCCACCCGGAUAGGAAGCGCCCUUCCAGAUACAGGAUGGCGCGAAUCGCUUCUAUCUUUGCCGAAGAAGUGGUUAGCCGGGACGUCUCUGGUGCCCCCCAACUCGACCAUGGCUAGCACUGAGGAACUCCCCCUACCGAAACUCCCUAUACCGGACUUAGAACAAACCAUGAACAAGUAUGAGUACACAAUGAAACCGCUUCUGAAUAUCGAAGAACAAAGAAAACUGAAAAACCUCAUCGAUAAGUUUGCAGGACAAGGCUGUCUUGGGACGCAGCUACAACUCUAUCUGCAAGAUCGGAGAGAGAAAAUGGAUAAUUGGGCAUACGACUACUGGCUUGACGACAUGUAUCUGAAUAAUCCCUCGCCGCUUCCGGUGAAUUCUAAUCCGGGCAUGGUAUUUCCGCCCCGAAAAUUCACCACGAUUCUGGAUGUGGCCCGGUUCACGGCGCGGCUUCUAGACGCGGCGCUGGACCAUAAGACUCUUUUGGAUAAGAAGUUACUUCCGGUGGAAAAAGCCACGUCACGUGAGCCGGGUCAACCGCUUUGCAUGGCUCAGUAUUACCGGAUUUUGGGGACUUGCAGAAUUCCGGGGAGGAAGAAGGAUCGCCAGGUGAUUCCAGGGAAGAGUGAGUCGGAACAUGUGAUUGUGAUCUGCCGGAGUCAGUUGUAUUGUGUUCCGGUGCAAGCACCGGAUCGGGGGAGGUUGAGUGAGGAUGAGAUUUGUGCACAGUUGUUGCACAUUUUGGAUGAUGCUCCUUGUCUUGCGAGUCCUCCGCCAGUGGGGCUGUUGACGGCUUGGAAAAGGCCGUUAUGGGCCGAAGCCAGGGAGAAUUUGAUGGCUAACGAAAGAAAUCGAAGGAAUUUGGAUUUGAUUCAAAGGUCGUUACUGGUGGUUUGUCUGGAUGAAGGAUUAGGGAGUGGGUUUAAUUGUCGGUUGCAAAGAGGGGGCAAAGGGCACAGUGCUGGACACAGAGACGAGACAAAUUUAGCCGUCCAGAUGAUCCAUGGUGGUGGCAGUACUUGUGAUACUGCCAAUAGAUGGUUCGACAAAACCAUCCAGCUGAUAGUAUCAGGAGAUGGUGCUUGUGGUUUGUGCUACGAGCAUUCUCAAGCCGAAGGAAUUGCAGUGAUACAAUUAGUAGAGAAAUUAUGGAAACAUGCAGACUCUCAACCUGUUACCUCGGAAGUACCUUCAGCAUCAAGCCACUUGCCGCCACCAGAACGUCUGGAAUGGACUUUACACGAUAAAGACUUUUCUCGUAUCGAGGAAGCAGCUCUUGCUAUUGACAAUUUAGUCAAAGACUUAGAUUUCCAAGUGUUCAGAUAUACGAAUUAUGGCAAAGAUUUUAUCAAAUCUUGUAAAGUCAGCCCUGAUGUUUACAUCCAACUUGCGUUACAAUUAGCUUAUUAUAGACUUUACGGUAAACUAACCGCAACUUAUGAAAGUGCAUCAACUCGUAGAUUUCGAUUAGGAAGGGUUGACUGUAUCCGCUCUGCUAGCCCCGAAGCCUUAGCCUGGGUCAUGGCCAUGGCCCAACCCAAAGACGAAGACGAUAGCAAAAAAGUUACUUUCCAUUUAGUCAGCGACGAGGAAAAGCUCCGACUUUGGAAAGAGGCAAUCAAGCGCCAAACCACCGAAAUGGUCGAUAAUAUCCUCGGACAAGGCAUCGACAUCCACUUGUUAGGCUUGCGUGAAGCUGCAAGAGAGACCUCACCGACUGCUGCGCACUCACUGCCAGACAUUUUCACCGAUUACACUUAUAAAUUAGCUAACAAAUUUCUUCUAAGUACUAGUCAAGUUGCAACAUCGACAGAUAGCUUCAUGGGGUAUGGCCCAGUGGAACCUGACGGUUAUGGAGCUUCGUACAAUCCGAAAUCCGAUCAUAUUAUUUUCUGUUUGUCGGCGUUUUGGUCGAGUGAAGUUACGAGUACUUCGAGGUUUGCACAAUCUUUAGAUGAAAGUCUUAACUUAAUGCAGGCUUUACUCACAAGACCUGCCACUUAAGAAUCACAAAUUCUCGAAGAGGUUGCAGUUUUUAAUUCUAGGCCUAAGCACAAUUGGCUCAAAAAUGAAAGAAAUUGAAACGCAUGAGCAGAUUAGGAAUUGAAAUAAACUGCUUAAAUGCUUGAUUAUUUUACGCAGUAUUAAAUGGAAUUUAGUUAAAAAUAUUAUUGUUAUUAAUUAUGAAUUUUACGAAUGUUGAUCUCUAUAUGAUCUACUAUUCUUAUUACAAAUGAUAUAUUUAUACACUCUGUCUUGUUUGAAAAUAGCUAUAUUAUAUGUAGAGUUAUUUAUUUUAUAGGAAAUACUAAUGAGCGAGCUUUUGAUUGCACUUUACGCUUCAAAAUUAAAAAAAAAUACGACUUAAGUUGAAUUUUAAAAGUAUAUAGUCAUAUAAAUUCGUUGUUGUGUGUAAAAAGUGUCACAUUGUUUACGCUUGCAUGUUUGUUACCCCGUGAUUACUUUAUGUAUAAAUGCUUUAUAUACUAUAAAAAUCGUAGCUGUACAAACAAUAAUCAUUUAUUAAUUAAUUAACCAAUGGCCUUAAAAUGGCAUAUCACUACAUCUGUCAAUCUAGCUAAACAAUUGUAAUAUACUUGUUAACACAUUAGAUAAGAAGCCUUUUUGAACUGAUUUGUUGGCGCAAACGUGAUAAAAAGUCCAAAAAAGUAUUCUUCAUGUAUUGUAGGUUCCUAUGUUCUUAUUAGUGUACAUAGAUUAAAUAGAAAAGUCGUGUAUUAGCAAUAUGAAAUAGUGUAUAUUUUUUCCACGUAGACUUGUACAGGGAAUGUAACCAGACUCGAUUUCGUUUACUGAUCUGUGUGUCUUCAGAUUAUUUUAAACUUGCUGAAUAGCUUUAAUAUUCAUAGUUGCGUUUGUUGCUUUACUUUUUCUUUAAUAUUAUUACUUCCUUCAAUAACAAAAAUCAAAAUUUUGAUAAAUACGAAAACUGUACAUAUCAAAAUUCCUCUUAUCAACAUAUCGCCAAUAUAACGAGCUAAAUUUUGUGCUGUUUAUGACUGUCACUGAAUGUUUUACAUUAAUCUGUUGUCACUAAGCAGUGAUGCCCGCACCAGUAUAUCUUGUCCAUAUUUAUAGAUUUAGGCCAGUAUUGUAGAUAUUGAUAUAAAAACCGCAUGUAAUUGUUUUUACGCUCGAUUCAUUUUAUAGUUGUACUGUGAUACAUAAACGCUUAUCUAAUAAUUUAUUUAAAGAUUUUUAACCUUGUUGCGCGUUUAGUUUAAUGAACCAAUAUCGAAACAUAUCACUUCUAGAGACUGUAGCGUUGAAUGUUAUAUUGUGAUAUAUUUAUGUGACGGCAAAUA